GGAGUGGCGUCCAGACCGCUAAUACCGGGUUUUUAUCUUUGCUCCAGCUCGAACCUCCCUUGUGACCUCACACCUUUUGGGUUAUACUGUGUCCCGCAUCGCCUCGGCCCUGCCCUUAGCUGCGUGUUGUCGCAACUGUGUCGUCACUGUCAUAAUCCCGCCCCUCGAGCGCGCCGUCGCACAAGGCACGCGUCAUCUCCCGGGCACUUUACGGUUGUCGUGCCUCUUGCAUCUGCCAAGAUGGAGGAGGAUGAGUCGGAGAAAACCGGCUCGGAGUCUGAGGCGCUAGAAGAGACGGAGCAGGAACCAGAGGAGGAGGAGGAGGGGGAAGAAGAGGAGGUGGAGGAAGAGCAAGAGGAAACCGCAGGACCAGGUCGCAGCAAGAAGAAGCGGGUGGUCCCGGGGAUCGUGUACUUGGGCCACGUCCCGCCGCGCUUCCGCCCCUUGCACGUGCGCAACCUCCUGAGCGCCUACGGGGAGGUCGGGCGCGUGUUCUUUCAGGCGGAAGACCAGUUCGUGAGACGCAAGAAAAAGGCAGCGGCGGCCACAGGAGGAAAAAAACGGGCAAAGUAUAGCAAAGACUACACAGAGGGCUGGGUGGAGUUCCGGGACAAGCGGGUCGCCAAGCGGGUGGCCGCCAGUCUGCACAACACACCCAUGGGUGCCCGCCGGCGCAGCCCCUUCCGGUACGAUCUGUGGAACCUCAAGUACUUGCACCGUUUCACCUGGUCCCACCUCAGUGAACACCUGGCCUUUGAGCGCCAAGUACGAAGGCAGCGCCUGAGAGCCGAGGUUGCCCAAGCCAAGCGGGAGACUGACUUCUAUCUCCGAAGUGUAGAGCGAGGACAGCGCUUCCUUGCUGCGGAUGGGGACCCUGCCCGACCUAAUGGCUCCUGGGCAUUUGCCCAGCGGCCCACUGAGCAGGAACUGAGGGCCCGGAAGGCCGCCCGGCCAGGCGGACGUGAGCGGGCUCGCCUGGCUUCGGUUCAGGACCAAGCGCGCUCCAACCGAGGGCUCCUGGCCAAGAUCUUUGGAGCCCCUGCACCUUCAGAGAGCAAAGAAGGCCCUUCACCAGCCAGGGACUCCUGAGGGGUGGAAGACACCCUCCAUCCCCGGCUCUGCCUUUCUUGUUCUACCUCACACAGGAGAGACUGCACAGGCAGACGUCUCAUCCGAGCAAGAGUCUCUGGUGAGGACCCGGAAAUAGAACUCUCACAGGCCUCCACUUUCCUCUGUGACUUCUGGCUGCCCGUCUCCCACCGUGCUGGCUUCAGGAAGGGCCUUUAUUUCUAAUUGGAGUGAUGGCUGGAUAGGCAAUCACAUUGUAUUUGCCCUCUGAAAGUAAGGUAGAGGCUUCUUUUUUAUUAAACGAAGAGUAACAGCAGCUAAUAAAGUGGGAAUGGCUUGGGAGCCACCUUCCAAAUUUGUAGCAAAAAAAAAAAAAGACUCUUUACCAGUUUUGUUUUAGCUGGGCCCCAAUGAGCACGUUCUCAAGCUUUAUCUUCUGUUCCAUUGGUUCACUUUGCUUCAUCUUCUCUCAACUCCCAUUUUAGCUGGAUCCUUUUUUGUUUUUCUCUCUGAGGGUUGGGAAACCCUCCCAAACUGAGCAGGAAUCCUGAGAUUGAAAGAGUAUGAAACACCUUAGAGGAUGA